AUGACCUUUUUCGCCUGCAUGGUGAUGUACAUCUUCCAGCUGAGCUUUUGGUCCAGUCAUACGCCUAGUUCAUCCAACGAGGACGAGGCCCCGGAGAAGGUUCAGCCCCAGGUGAAUGCAACAGGAAAAGCCCAGAAGAAGACGGCAUCCUGGUCUUCAGACUCGUCGGACUCUGAAGAGGAGAAAAAAGUGCCUCCAAAGGCAGCAGCGAAAUUUUUAAUAAAGGCUCCAGUAAAAAAGGCAGACUCUUCAUCAGACAGUUCUUCAGAGGAAGAGGAGUCAAAGCCAGUGAAAGCAGCAGUGAAACAAGCAGCAAAACAAGCAGCAAAACCAGCAGCUAAACCGACCCCGCAGGACUCCUCCGAAGAGGACGAUCUCAAGCCAACGAAUUCGUCACCAGCUAAACCAACAGCUGCACAAAGUGCAAAAGCAGUUGCCAAAACUCCAGUCAAGGUCCAGGUGAAGACCCAGGUGAAGACCCAGGUGAAGCCACAGGUGAGGAAAGAAGGGGAAGAAUCUUCGGAUGACAGUUCAUCGGAGGAGAAGGUAGUGGUUGAAAAUGCUCCGAAGGCAGUCGCAGGGAAGGCCAAGACUCCAGUGAAGAAAGAGUCAUCGUCAGACGAUGAUGACUCCUCUGAGGAUGAGAAGUCAUCGAAGGUACCUGCGAAGACGCCAGUAACGACUCUAGGGAAGACUCCAGGGAAGAAUGUACCUGUGAAAAAGGCGGAGAGCAGUGACAGUAGUGAUUCUGAUGAUGAGCCACCUACUAAGAAAGCAGCUCCAGCCAAAGCUACACCCAAGGUCACACCCAAGGCCGCAUCCAAGGCUCCAGAUAAAGCACCAGUUGAAGAGGAGAGUGAGGACUCCAGGGACGACUCCUCUGAUGAGGAGCCCCCCAAAAAGCAAGCAUCACCCAAGAAGGCACCAGUGAAAUAA